AUGAGACCCUGUAAGCUCCGGCGCCACAUUGAAACAAAGCACCCAAGUUUAGUGACCAAGCCGCGGGAGUUUUUUGAGAGGAAGCUGAAGGAGCUGUGCACACAGAAAAAAACAAUAGAGACGUUCAGUACUGUUAACGCUAAGGCAACCGAAGCAUCUUAUCGGGUGGCCUUACGCAUUGCAAAGACGGGGAAACCCCACAACAUCGGUGAAACUUUACUUCUUCCUGCUGCUAAGGACAUGUGUUCAGUAAUGAUGGGAGAAGCUGCUGCUGCCAAACUGAAUGUCAUCCAGUUGUCUGACAACACCAUCCAACGCCGAAUCUCAGAUAUGGGCGCAGAUGUGCGGCAACAGGUAGUGGACAGUGUUCGUGAAAGCCCCUCCUUCUCCCUUCAGCUGGACGAGUCGACGGAUGUUGCCAAUUGUGCUCAAUUAAUGGUGUACGUGCGUUUUGUUAAAGAGCUAAAUGUGCAUGAGGAGUUUUUGUUUUGUCACCCUCUGCCCUCGCGCACUACAGCAGACGAAAUCUUCAAGGUUUUGAAUGAUUUCAUGCGGGAAAAUAAUGUGGACUGGGGCCGCUGCUGUGGAAUAUGCACUGAUGGGGCAAGGGCAAUGACAGGCCGGCACAGUGGUCUGGUAAAAAAGGUGCAAGAGGUCGCCCCGGCUGCUAUUUGGACGCACUGCAUAAUCCACCGCCAGGCCUUGGCAACUAAGAGGAUGCCCCAAGAGCUGCACACUGUGCUGGACGAGGCAGUAAAAAUUGUUAACCUUAUAAAGUCGCGCGCCAUGAAUGCCCGUGUUUUCUCCAUCCUCUGCAAGGAGAUGGGUGCGCACUUUAAACAGCUGCUUCUGCACUCGGAGGUCCGGUGGCUUUCCCGAGGAAAGGUACUCACGCGCCUUUGUGAUCUCCGUGAGGAAGUCCUUCUUUUCCUCGCUGAAAUCAACUCUCCACUGGUAAAACACAUGGAAGACAUGAAGUGGGUUGCAAAGCUUGCCUAUCUUUCGGAUGUCUUCGAAAAGAUAAACACACUGAACAUCUGUCUGCAGGGCAAAGAGUGCAACGUCUUUUACGCACACGAUCAACUCUGUGGAUUUAGGAAAAAGUUGGAACUGUGGGGUGCGCGUGUGGAGCGGGGAUCAGUGGAAAUGUUUCCCACGUUAGAGGAUGUUUUGGCCAGAGCGGAGCUGAAGGUGGAGUGUUUACAGCAGGUGGUCUGCGCGCAUUUGGAGGGAAUGCGCAAGCAGUUUGGAGAGUAUUUUGGAGAGGAGACAAUGGCAAACCAGUGGGUGAGAAACCCAUUUUCCUUCCCCGUGACACUCAAAGAUGGACUUUCAGCAGGAGAGGAAGAGGCUCUGGCUGAGCUGAGCUGUGACAUGGACUUGAAACAGAGGAUGAGUGACGUGUCACUUGCGCACUUUUGGCUGUCAGUAGGGACUGAAUUUCCACAGCUCUCCACGAAGGCAGUGAACGUGCUCAUCCCCUUCACUUCAACCUAUCUUUGCGAAUGUGGGUUUUCCGCACUCGCAAAGAUAAAAAGCAAAUACCGGUCAAGGCUGCUGGUUGAAGAUGAUCUGCGGUUAUACCUCUCAUCAGUGCAACCCCGCAUUACCCAGAUUUGCGCAUCAAAAGCACAAGCACAUUGUUCCCACUAA